CAAGUUGUAAUCUUUGCUGUCAUUUUGGACUGUGUGAUGCUGCUGCAGUGGGCAGAGCUAAUGAGCCAAUGUGUAACUGUUGACUUAUCUGCCCUAUGCUAAUCAUUGGUGCUGUGGGUUAAUAAAGUAGCUAGCUGAACUAGUGAGGCUCUUUUUUCCCUCUGUGUGGAUCCUAUUCAGAGCCCUUUGGUUUUGUGGGAGGAGUGAGUGAAAAGCCUGUGGAUUAUAUUACUGCCUUUUCAUACCAAGAUGAGAACUAAAACUGAAAAGUCUCCUCUAAAAGCUUUCAUGAAACAGCGGAGGAUGGGAUUGAAUGACUUCAUUCAGAAAAUUGCCACUAACUCCUAUGCAUGCAAACACCCCGAAGUCCAGUCCAUCCUAAAUAUUUCACAGCCCCAAGAACCUGAGCUAUUGAAUGGCAAUUCCUCACCCCCACCUAGCCCAUCACAACAGAUCAAUCUUGGUCCUUCAUCCAACCCACAUGCUAAACCAUCCGACUUCCAGUUUCUGAAGAUCAUUGGAAAGGGCAGUUUUGGAAAAGUGCUCCUUGCAAGACACAAAGCAGAUGAAGAAUUCUAUGCAGUUAAAGUCCUGCAGAAGAAAGCAAUUCUGAAGAAAAAAGAGGAGAAACACAUAAUGUCAGAACGCAAUGUACUGCUGAAAAAUGUGAAACACCCUUUCCUGGUUGGGCUCCACUUCUCUUUCCAGACUACAAGCAGAUUAUACUUUAUCCUGGACUACAUCAACGGUGGAGAGUUAUUUUACCAUCUCCAGAGAGAACGAUGCUUCCUGGAACCAAGAGCUCGUUUUUAUGCUGCUGAAAUUGCCAGUGCCCUGGGAUACUUGCAUUCUCUGAACAUUGUUUACAGAGACUUGAAGCCGGAAAAUAUUUUAUUAGACUCACAGGGUCACAUUGUUUUGACUGACUUUGGACUUUGCAAAGAGAACAUUGAACCCAAUGGCACAACAUCUACCUUCUGUGGCACUCCUGAGUAUCUUGCACCAGAGGUUCUUCACAAACAACCUUAUGAUAGAACAGUUGACUGGUGGUGCCUAGGUGCUGUGUUGUACGAGAUGCUAUAUGGCCUGCCUCCAUUCUACAGCAGAAACACAGCUGAAAUGUACGAUAAUAUUCUGAACAAGCCCCUGCAGCUAAAACCAAACAUAACCAACUCUGCCAGGAAUCUUUUGGAGGGUCUACUACAGAAAGACCGGACAAAACGACUUGGUGCCAAGAAUGACUUUACGGAGAUUAAGAACCACAUCUUUUUCACUCCAAUUAACUGGGAUGAUCUCAUCAAUAAGAAGAUUACUCCUCCUUUCAACCCAAAUGUGAGUGGUCCAAGUGAUCUACAGCACUUUGAUCCUGAAUUCACAGAAGAACCUGUUCCCAGUUCGAUAGGACAAUCUCCAGAAAGCAUCCUCAUAACUUCCAGCGUUAAAGAAGCGGCAGAAGCAUUUUUAGGAUUUUCAUACGCCCCACCUAUGGAGUCCUUCCUUUGAGUGACCAUACAUUUUAUUUGCCUUGUGGUUAUUUCAAGUUGAUAGUCACUUUAUUAUCUGUUAUCAAAAUUGCACAUCCUUCAUGAUAGCAUCACAGCCUUAAUUUCAACAUCGCCUGUUUGGGUGGAAGAGCACGUUGGUGUAGCUAAGCUGAAGGGAGAAGUGACUGGACGUCUGACAAUUUAGAGAUGGUUGUCUCUAGAAUAUGAACUGCCUGCUUGUUUUUCAAGCAUACAGCCCUACUAAUAGGGAUACGUGAAGAGGUGAAUCUCCGGAAACAGCAUCUGAGUUUUAGUAUGGGUUCUUGGAAUUGUGCCUUUCUCUAUUGAGAGAUCUUGUCUACAGAGACUUCCAUAUGUUUGGGAGUUCUGUUUUGUGGUUGCACAAGCGAACAGUGGUUAGAAGUGUGACCGUUCUCAUAGUAAAAAAAAGAAAAAUGUGUUUUUCACACAUGAAAUGUGACACUUAGUGAUUACUAAUACUGGGGCAUUGUACAUCUUUCUUCCAUAUGUGGAAGCUAAAUUUUUAUUGUAGAUAAAAAAUCUGUUUAAUUAGUACUAACAAAGUAUGACACAGGCUUGCAACGACCCUUUUUGUUUGUUUUGUUUUAUAAUGCUUGAAAAGCAUUGCUGCUAUACAGAUUUCUAUUUUUAGAAAUGGUUUAUGGACCAAAAUGCCCCAAAUUUAGUUGCUGAAAGCUGUUAAUACUUGGUUUAGUAGUUUUUUGUUUAUUUAUAUUUUUUGACAUUCCUGACCAUUUUUGUGUAAAUUUGUAAAUAAUCAAAAUUGUACAAGAGUUGUAUAUUUAAACUGACGGAUACUUGUAAAAGUAAAUAAAAACAUUACAAUGUACUGUAAUCAGAUAAAAUGUUAUUUUUUUCUGACCAAACCCAUUGGUUUGUAAUAAAAGUUUAAAAAACA